CGGCGAAGUACCCGGAUGUGUGAUAGGCCAUGUGCGUCUCCAUCAGUCAGCCCUCACCUCCAGUCGUUAUAUCACCUCGUCUGACAGACGUGCCUCCUCUGCAGCCGCUCUAACAACACACACCUUGCGAAUAUGUUUCAUCUUCCCACAAUCAUGAAGCAGGUGAGGCCCGUGUGCCGGAAGCUCGCGCCUCACCUCACCCGUGCCUACGCCAAGGAUGUCAAAUUCGGCGCAGAUGCCCGUGCCCUCAUGCUGCAAGGGGUUGACCUAUUGGCCGAUACUGUCGCCGUGACAAUGGGCCCAAAGGGCCGCACAGUCAUCAUCGAGCAGAGCUGGGGCAGCCCGAAAGUGACCAAGGAUGGCGUGACAGUGGCCAAGAGCAUUGAUUUGAAGGACAAGUACAAGAACAUUGGUGCCAAGCUGGUGCAGGACGUAGCCAACAACACCAACGAGGAGGCAGGCGACGGUACCACCACCGCUACCGUGCUGGCACGCGCUAUCGCCAAGGAGGGCUUUGACACCAUCAGCAAGGGUGCCAACCCCGUGGAAAUCCGCCGCGGCGUCAUGAUGGCCGUUGAAACCGUCAUCAGUGAGCUCAAGCGCCUUUCCAAGCCAGUCACCACACCUGAGGAGAUUGCACAGGUUGCCACCAUAUCAGCCAAUGGCGACACCGAGAUUGGGAAUGUAAUUUCCAACGCGAUGAAGAAAGUCGGUCGCAAGGGUGUCAUCACUGUGAAGGAUGGAAAAACUCUUCAUGAUGAGUUGGAAGUCAUUGAGGGUAUGAAGUUUGACCGUGGUUACAUCUCCCCGUACUUCAUCAACACGGCCAAAGGUCAGAAAUGUGAGUUCCAAGAUGCUUACCUGCUGCUUAGUGAGAAGAAAAUCUCCAGCGUGCAGAGCAUUGUUCCCGCCCUGGAAAUCGCCAACCAGCACCGCAAGCCUCUGGUAAUUGUGGCCGAGGAUGUGGAUGGAGAGGCCCUCAGUACCCUGGUCCUUAACAGGCUGAAGGUUGGCCUGCAGGUGGUGGCAGUCAAGGCUCCAGGCUUUGGAGACAACAGGAAGAAUCAGCUGAAGGAUAUGGCCAUCGCCACCGGGGGCACUGUGUUCGGCGACGAUGCUGUAGGUGUGGCUUUGGAGGACAUCCAGGCGCACGACUUCGGCAAGGUGGGCGAGGUGCAGAUCACCAAAGACGACACGCUGCUCCUAAAGGGCGCCGGCGCGCCGGCCGACGUGGAGAGGCGGGCGGCCGAAAUCGUGGAGCAGCUGGAGAACACCACCAGCGACUACGAGAAGGAGAAACUCAACGAGCGUCUGGCCAAGCUCUCGGAUGGCGUGGCCGUGCUUAAGAUCGGAGGGACCAGUGAUGUGGAGGUCAAUGAGAAGAAGGACCGCGUGACGGAUGCCCUGAACGCCACCCGGGCCGCCGUGGAGGAAGGCAUCGUGCCGGGCGGCGGCUGUGCUCUGCUGCGCUGCAUUCCCUCCCUGGACGCCAUCACACCUGCCAACGCUGACCAGAAGAUUGGUGUGGACAUCAUCAGGCGGGCGCUGCGCAUCCCAGCAAUGACCAUCGCCAAGAACGCUGGCGUGGAGGGAUCGCUCGUGGUGGAGAAGAUAUUGCAGGGCCCCGCCGAGUUGGGCUACGACGCCAUGCUGGGCGAGUACGUCAACAUGGUAGAGAAGGGCAUCAUCGACCCCACCAAGGUGGUGCGGACGGCCCUGCUGGACGCUGCGGGCGUGGCCUCGCUGCUCUCCACUGCCGAGGCGGUGGUCACAGAGAUCCCCAAGGAGGAAAAGGAAAUGCCGGCUGGCGGGAUGGGUGGCAUGGGCGGCAUGGGUGGCAUGGGCGGUGGCAUGGGUUUUUAAGAGGACAUGUCCACCUUACCUCAUCGUUCCUUUGUCCCUCCAUGACUGUAUAGACUAAACAAAAUGAUGCCUCUGAGACUCUGCAGUCAAAACUCACUGAAGACAACUAACAGGAAGUUGGCACUGCGGGUGGUCAACCCUUCCACUUUGCAUACCUGGUGGCGCCAGCUUCUACGAGAUCAGCUUCUUUUCCACAUUGUUAAUCCACAACACGCUGUAAAAUACGUCGGACCACAUAUGUCAAUGGCCAUUUUCUUCCCCCGCAGGAAUUCGGGAGCCAAGUUUUCAGGAGCAAUGCCCUCUAUGGCUUGGUUGAAUGUCGGCCAUGUCAUGAUAAAGUAGAUCUCGUUCCGACAGAUGAAGAUUUAGGAAUGAUCAUAACCAUCAAUAAUGUUUAUUCCUAUUUGGCAUUGCAUUGACUUCCUGCAGUGGAAAUCUGUCUCAACUUCCUGUAAAGUUCAUAUCUUAAAAACAAACAGAAAAAAAGUAACAUUGUUUAAAAAGAAAAAAAAAAACACAAGCAGAGUGUGAAGCCAGGAAUGUGUUGCUGUCAUUUAUUUGUCAUUAAUUUUUUUUUUUUUUUAUAUAUAUUGUAUGUCAUGGUUUUUGCCCGGCUGAUGAACCAGGUGAAGGCUUAUUUGAUUUAAUUAAACAGAUUUUUCAAAUGA